UCUGCCUUGUACUUCAGUUUUUCUUUUUUUUUUCUAUAUAUAGUACCAUAUUUUUCUGUUCACAUUCCACAAACAGAAGGGUGGGCAGUCCAGCGUUGACGGCCACGACACACGACGAGAGAUCUCGGCAACGGCAAUGCCUCCUUCCGCCCUCCCCUUUCCCCGUCGCCCAUCCGACAGUGCACGCGGCGGCCGCCUCAUCCUUGCGAUCCUCGUCGCCGCUCCCUCCUUACUCGCCCUCGCCUACUUGUCCUUCCCCUCCGCUUCUUCAAGGGUGUCAUCUUCCAUAGCGCCGACGGAGGACGGCUGCUGCAGGGGCCUCCAGGGACUCGAGCUAUGGGGCCCGGCGGUCAACUGGGGCUCCGACCACCGCCUGCCCUCCGCCGCUGCUUGCUGCGCAUCCUGCAAGGCCAUGUGCACCCACGGGGACUGCCGUUGCAAUUCCUGGGUCUUCUGCGGGGACGAGACCAGAUGCGGCCACAGGUUUGGGGAGUGCUGGCUGAAGAAACAAAAAGAUGCCAUGGCUCCCUCUGUUAUUGCAAAGGGAGAUGAUGUCAUGUGGACUUCGGGUCUAGUCUUCGGAAAAGGAGAGGGCAUUGUGGGGCUGGAAACAAACCUUGGGACCAUUCGUAUUCAACUGCUGCCUGGCUGUGCACCCCAUUCUGUGGAUUACUUCAUUGAGGUUCUGGGCUUGCGCAACUGUGCUGGAUGCAGAUUUUAUCGAGCUGAAGGCCGUGGGAACUUGUGGGACACGAAAGGCGAGCACAUAAACAAUGUUGCUUAUGGUCCACCGUAUGCCUUACUUCAAGGGACACUGGAAGUCGAUGGUUUACCCUUUAAGGAGAGAGGGAAAGAAGCCUGCCCAGCAUUGAGAAGAGGAUCGAUUGCAUGGGUUGGAUCAGGGCCGGAGUUCUUGGUCAGCUUAGCAAACCAUGGGGAGUGGAAAGAGGCGUACACUGUAUUUGGGUCUGUUAUGCCUGAGGACAUGGGGAUCGCUGAGGAAAUGGCACUGAUGCCAACCAGUACAGAGGUGUGGAGCAAUGUAACCGUGAAGGUACUGCGAGACCCUGUAUAUUUCAAGGUGAAGAGAAGCACCAGCAGUGGUGCUCCUUAGGUAUUACUCACUCACUUUCAGUCAGUAGGUUAUUGUGAUCAUUGUCGAUUUCUUUCUUUCUUCGUUUCUUAUAAAGGACAUAAAAAGAAAGAGGAACCACUAGAAUCAGGCAUGUUAUAGCCCCUGGCAUAUUUUUAUUACUCUAAAGAAAGAAAAGAGGAUAAUUGUGUAAAGAAAGAAAGAAAGAGAAACAGAAGCUACCAUGAAUAUUCGACUGUUUACCUGUUCAUCUUUAUGUGGUCUGAUCGGUGAUGAGAUGACAAUGAUGUUUGUUCAGU